AUGACACCAAGCAACCUCACAAAGGUUUCAGAAUUUUUUCUUCUGGGAUUUUCAGAGGAACCAGCACUGCAGCGCCUCAUAUUUGGUCUUUUCCUCUCCAUGUACCUGGUCACUCCCCUCAUCUUUGGGCUCUUCCUCUCCAUGUACCUAAUCACUGUGUUUGGAAACCUGCUCAUCAUCCUGGCCAUCAGCUCAGACUACCACCUCUACACUCCCAUGUACUUCUUCCUCUCCAACCUGUCCUUUGUAGACAUCUGUUUCAACUCCACCACCAUCCCAAAGAUGCUGUGGAACAUCCAGACACAGCGCAAAGGUAUCACCUAUGAAGGCUGCAUCACCCAGAUGUAUUUUUACAUCCUGUUUGCAGGAUUGGAUGACAUUCUCCUGAGUGUGAUGGCCUAUGAUCGGUAUGUGGCCAUCUGCCACCCCCUGCACUACAUGGUCAUCAUGAGCCCCCGGCUUUGUGGACUGCUGGUUCUGAUAUCCUGGGUGAUGAUUGCCUUCUAUUCCUUGCUACACAGCUUAAUGGUGUUGCGAUUGUCCUUCUGUCCACUUGUGCAAAUCCCCCACUUUUUCUGUGAACUCAGUCAGGUGGUACAACUUGCCAGUUCUGACAAAUUUCCUAAUAGGACAGUGAUGUAUUUUGCAGCUGUCCUGAUGGGUGUUGGUCCUUUUGCUGGUAUCCUUUGCUCAUAUUCUAAAAUAGUUUCCUGCAUAUGUAAAAUCACAUCAGCUCAGGGGAAGUAUAAAGCAUUUUCUACCUGUGUGCCCCACCUCUCAGUUGUCUUCCUAUUUUAUUUUACAGCCUUAGGAGUGUUCCUUAGCUUUGGGACUACCUAUACCUCACAUUCAAGUACAAUUGCCUUGGUCAUGUACACUGUGGUCACACCUAUGCUGAACCCUUUCAUAUACAGUCUGAGAAACCGAGAUAUAAAAGAGGGUAUAAAGAGGUUGUAUUUGAUGCCAAGUAUAAAAGACCAAUUAUACUAG